UUGAGGACUUCUGUCAAAGGCGUUCAGAUUCGGCUGGUAGAAGAAAUAAUUGUACACCCGCAAUACAACGCGUCGUCGUUCAGCCGCGAUGUCGCAAUCUUGAAACUGAUCGAGCCAGUGCAGUACACUGACUACGUGCGCCCGAUCUGCAUCUGGCCAGACAACCAAGUUGAUCUGAACAACGUUAUCGGGAAGAAGGGUUCCGUGGUAGGUUGGGGCUUCGACGAAACCGGCGUUGCGACCGAGGAACUGACGCUCGUAGAAAUGCCAAUCGUCGACCAGGAGACAUGCAUCAGAUCGUACAGCGACUUCUUCGCAAGGUUCACGUCGCAGUACACCUACUGCGCCGGCUACAGAGACGGGACCAUCGAUAAACGCACCGGAUACAGGAAAAGCACUUCAGUAUGCAACGGUGACAGCGGCGGUGGCAUGGUUUUUGAAAUUAACGACAGUUGGUACCUCAGAGGCCUUGUCUCGCUCUCUGUUGCCAGGCAAAAUGAAUACCGAUGCGAUCCCUCGCAUUACGUCGUAUUCACCGAUUUAGCCAAGUUCUUGCCUUGGAUACGAGAGAAUAUUAGCGAUUAUUAA